AUAAGCCGUAUACGUCACACCGAUUGCAGACGGUUUUAAUUUUGCUGUCAAUUCCAGUCAGAAAUAGCGACAAUACAUGUGUCAGCCAAUAGCAGACAAAUAUUAAAUAUUACAAGUCUUGAUAGAACUGAUUUUUUAUUUUAAUAAAAUUAGACAUUACUCUAAUUUGCACAGAGAAUAGUUAGGUUAGGUUCUACCGAAAAAAAAUUGAAUUAUAUUGUAAAUCAAUAUGGCACUUGCAGGUAAGAUUUGUUUAGUUACUGGAGCUAGUCGUGGAAUUGGAAGAGGUAUCGCAGUACAGCUUGGAGAAGCUGGAGCUAAGGUUUAUAUCACUGGUAGAACUUUGAAACCGAAGCCAGAUUCGAAAGGUGUUAGCCUUGAGGAAGUCGCGGAAGAAGUUCAAAAUCGAGGCGGUAUCUGUGUUCCAGUUGUUUGCGAUCAUAGUAAAGAUUCAGACAUCGAUGACCUCUUCAGACAAAUAUCGGUAGAAAAUGAUGGAAAGUUAGAUGUUCUCGUCAAUAAUGCCUAUGCUGCUGUCACUACAUUGUUAGAUACAGUUGAAAAGAAGAAAUUUUGGCAAAAGGAACCAGCUAAUGAACAUUGGGAUACUGUAAACAAUGUUGGCUUACGAAAUCACUAUAUUUGUACAGUUAAAGCCGCAAAUAUGAUGGUUCCGAGAAAGACUGGCUUAAUUAUUAACAUUUCUUCAUCUGGAGGACUUAGUUAUCUCUUUGACGUUGCUUAUGGUGUUGGAAAAGCUGCAUUAGAUAGAAUGUCUGUUGAUUGUGGUAUAGAGUUGAAAAAGCAUAAUGUAACUUGUGUAUCCCUUUGGCCAGGAGCAGUUAAAACUGAGUUACUCACUUCUGCAGAAAAUAUGAACGACCGUUUUAAAAGUAUAUUGAAUAAAUACAGUGAAUCCACCGAAUUUUCCGGUAAAGCCAUAGUUGCCUUGGCAUCUGACCCAAAUGUUUAUAAGAAAACUUCUAGGAUUCUUAUUACAGCAGAAUUAGCUUCAGAAUACGGUUUCAAAGAUAUCGAUGGAAAAAUGCCGCCUAGUGUGAGAUGGAUUGGCAUGGGGCGCGAAAUAGAAACUGGUAAACAUUUUGUAACAUUUCAUGAGGGGUCUUGCUAUUUUCUAUUAGGUUCAAAUUUUAUGUCGUUAUUUAUGUCAUUUAUUGCUAAGUUGUUCAGCAGAACGAUGUCUUCCAACGGAUUGGAAUCUGCAAUGCAUAAAGUCUUAAAAACUCCCUUAAAUGAGCCAUUUCCCUCAAAUAUGCAAAUGGUUUUGUUCGGAAUGGGAUGCUAUUGGGGUGCAGAAAGGCUGUUUUGGAAACAGAAAGGGGUAUACUCAACUCAAGUAGGAUUUGCAGGUGGAAGAGAUGAUAUUGAAGUUUCUUAUAGAAAAGUCUGUUCAGGACAAACGAAUCAUGCUGAAGUUGUGAGAGUUGUGUAUGAUCCUGAAAAAGUCACAUUUGAGAAACUGUUAUCACUGUUUUGGGAAAAUCAUGAUCCAACCCAAGGAAACAGACAGGGAAACGAUCAUGGCAGUCAAUAUCGCAGUGCUAUCUAUACGCUAACUGAUGAUCAACAAGAACAAGCUUUAAAUAGUAGAAAUGCUUAUCAGAAAUCACUUGAAAACAGUGCGAAGAAAGGUUGUAAAAUAACUACGGAAAUUCGUAGAGCUGGUAAAUUCUAUAUGGCUCAAUUGGAUCAUCAGCAAUAUUUGGAAAAGAAUCCUGGAGGUUAUUGUGGUUUAAAAGGCACAGGAGUUGUUUGCCAACUACAAAGAUUAAAAUAA